CGUAGCCACUGCUAGAUCCUUCUCUCUUGUCCAAUUUGUCGUGCUCAGCUCGCCGCUCUCACAGCCUCCUCGCAUUCCCAACAGUACGGCAAACAACCAGCCGGCUCUCUCUCUCUCUCUCUCUUCAAUGUCAAAUGCCCUCUCUCACAUGCCUUCUGCUCCGCCUCCUCUCACAAACCCUGACUUAUUUUACUUCCUAAUUUUCCAAAAUGCCUUCACACUUCCUCUCUAAUUCCCCUUCUACCCCUACCACCAAAACCUCUGACCUCCAAAACGACACCGCCGUUUCCCUCACCUCAACCUCCUCCUCCUCCUCCUCCUCCUCUACUGCUCCAGACAUGUGGACUUACCUUUGGAUCCCUUUCUUAAUGUCACUCUCUAAAGAGCUAACCCUAGCUCGAGCAGCAACAGCUACAACUUCUUCUCCUUCGAUUCUCCCCCCGAGUCAACUCGCCGAUGAUGACUCGCCUUCCGUGCCUAGGUGUUCGGCCCCGGACAUCAAGUUGAAUUACCGGCCGGUGAUUGGAAUUUUAAGUCAUCCAGGCGACGGUGCCUCCGGAAGGCUGAACAACGCGACAAACGCUUCGUAUAUUGCGGCGUCGUACGUUAAGUUUGUUGAAUCGGCUGGUGCCAGGGUUAUUCCCUUGAUUUAUAACGAGCCACGAGAGAUUCUUUUUGAGAAGCUCAAUCUGGUAAAUGGAGUGCUCUUUACAGGAGGUUGGGCUAAAACUGGUUUAUACUUUGACACUGUGAAGGCAAUUUUCAAGGAAAUUUUAGCAAAGAAUGAUGCAGGCUUCCAUUUCCCAGUGUAUGCCAUCUGCUUAGGCUUUGAAAUCCUUACAAUGAUCAUUAGUGAGGACAAUCAAAUUCUGGAAACAUUUAAUGCAGCAGAUCAGGCUUCUACUCUUCAAUUUAUGAAUAACAUAAAUAUCAAAGGAACUGUAUUUCGGAGAUUUCCUCCAGAUUUGCUUAAAAGAUUGAGUACAGAUUGCCUAGUCAUGCAAAACCAUCGUUAUGGCAUCUCACCACAACGGUUUCAGGAGAAUGAACAUCUAUCUAGUUUCUUUGAGAUCUUGACUACUAGUACAGAUGAAGAUAACCAGGUCUAUGUCUCCACUGUACAAGCUUGCGGCUAUCCUGUGACUGCCUUCCAAUGGCAUCCUGAGAAAAAUGCUUUUGAAUGGGGUUUAUCAAUGAUUCCACACUCAGAGGAUGCCAUUCAAGUUACCCAACACAUUGCAAACUUCUUUGUUAGUGAAGCUAGAAAGUCCUUGAACAGGCCAUCUUCUCGGAAGGUACUCGCCAAUUUAAUCUACAAUUACAGUCCCACAUAUUGCGGGAAAGCUGGGAAGGGAUAUGAUGAGGUUUACAUCUUCUCAGAGCAAAAGGCACCGAAGUAUACAAGGUGCGCUGUGCAUGGUGAUUGUCAUGGACAUGUGAAGUUGUAAAUGUUUAGGACUCAACUCUUCAAAUCUGAACGCUUAAAUUGCAUCAUUGUCUAGGCUGAAGAUUGGACUGCACUGUAAAUUGCCAUAUGUUAAUAUUGAAGAUUUAAGGAA